AUGGGGAAGUACGUGGAGCUGCUGGACAUGGGGGUGCGUAUCGCCGCGCGGUUCCACUCCCACUGCCCGCAGACGGCCCGGAUGUACUAUCACCCUCCCGCCUCCGCCUCGGCCGCCCCCGGCGCCGGCCACGGCGGCGGGAUGGUGCCCGGAGAAGGAGGCGCCGUGGCCAUGGCCAUGAUGAAGAGGCAGCGGCGGGCCGUCAUCGACGCCACGGAGAUUAUUCUCUACACCGUCGUCUAG